AUGCAACUCCGAGAUCAUUCAGUUGCUGUGAAAGGUUCUGUCCCGCCCCUUGUUGUUCAAGACCCCCCCGAGCCUUCCAAGGUCCUCGAGGUCGUUGCCAUCCGAUUCAUCGAGGAUGAUAUUGUUCUGCGGAGCCUGGUGUGCUUGGAGGAGGGGAAGACGGAAGCGGGGGGGCGGGAGGAGACACCCCUUGACCGAGUACGGAGGGCAGUAUGGGGGAUGCUGUAUGCCGAUGAUGCCGGCGUCGUAUCGAGGUCUGCAGAAGGACUGGCGAGAAUGAUGACCAUCAUCGUUGAGGUGUUCGGGGAGUUCGGGCUAACGUUGUCGGAGAAGAAGACGGAGACGCUCCUGAUGCGCGCGAAGGACAAGCCGACUACAUCACAGCCCGCAUCGCCUCCACCACUGACCAUCGAAGCCGCGGGACAGAGAUACGCCCAGACGACCGAGUUCCGGUACCUCGGUGGCCUCGUCAACGAACAUGGCGACCUCACCCGGGAGAUCAACUACAGGAGCAGAGGAGCGUGGGCGUGCCUCAGGCGAUAUGGCCGGGAGCUCUUCGACAGACCGCAAGCGCCAUUCCGACUCAAGAUCCGCCUGCUCCAGGCGGAGGCGAUGGAGGCACUGCUGUACGGCUGCAUGACAUGGUCACCACUCAGCGGCCACUAG